AUGGUCAAUCGUCUUCCUGCUCAAGGCAUUCAGUUACCUAAUGGUUGCUCCACUGCCCAAGAAUAUGCUACCCAAUUGAUGACAUUUUCCGAUCGCUACCGAUGGUUGACUGAAUUGCAUGUUAUGGAUUUCAUAACUAAUGAACAUUGGGAUCUACUUGAUCCAACCUGGAGAGAAACAUUAUUACCUAAUGUUAUUGAAGAUGACGAUACCUGGUUUAUGCGUAUACUCCAAUUAGCAUCAGAUGCCAAAAGUGAUCACAAUUGGCCGGAAUCCCUCCAAGAUUACCUUUCCAAUAUCCAGAAAUUAACCUUGGAAAGAGAAUGUUAUGACAAGAUUCCUUGUGAUAAGAUUGACAAAAAGAUGUUGGGAGGAAUGUCAGGCAAAAAAGUACAUGAAGUUGAACAAAUGAGUGCAUUGAUUCAAAGUGUAGCCAAGCCCCAGGAAUAUUCUGUGCUUGAUCUCGGUGCUGGACAAGGAUAUCUUUCACGAGCACUUGCGCUUCACUACAAUCUUCAGGUUUUGGGUGUAGAUAUGUCUGAGAUUCAGACUCGUGGAGCACAAAAGUUCGAUGCAAAGGCACUCCACAAGUCGUCACCGUUGUCAUUGUUAUCGACCUCAGUGGCAGCAGUAGCGCAACCUAGAUUGGAACACAUCACACAACGAGUCACGCCCAAGAAUGUGGAUUCGAUCCUUGAAAAACGCGAUCCUCUUGGAAAUCACAAUUGGCUGGUGUGUGGAUUGCAUACCUGUGGAGAUCUUGGGAGUACAACUAUGCGAUUGUUUGCAAAGAGUGACCAGGUCCAAGGAUUGGUACAUGUGGGGUGCUGCUACCACUACUUAACUGAGUCUGAUAGUCCUGACCGAGGAUUCCCUAUGAGCGAACACGUAGACGGCCACACAUUAGGUACAACAGCGCGUGUAUUGGCCUGUCAAUCUCCAUCUCGUUGGAUUGACCAACCAAGGGCUUCUUUGGAUACUUUUGACCAGCACUUUUUCCGUGCAAUGUUCCAGGAUCUUUUGGUGCACAAGGGACUUGUAGAACAGGCAUCUGCUCUUGUCCUCGGAAAACUCAACAAACAAAAGAAAUUCGAUGGAUUUGUAAAAAAGGCAUUGGAGCGUCUUGAAAUAUCAGCAGAUGCGAUUUCGAGUGAAGAAGCGAUCUUGUACGAACAACAGUGUCGUAACAACCGAGUAGACAAGAAACUAAUUGUACUCUGGACACUGCGAGCACUGAUGGGGCCCAUUUUGGAGAGCUUGGUGCUUACCGAUCGCUAUCUGUACCUUUGCCAGUCUGUACCCAGUUCACAAGUAUGGAUGUGGCCACUUUUCAGCCCUGCCCAGUCCCCUCGUAACAUGGUGUUUGUUGCCCUCAAAUCAACUCAAUUAUCUCAAAAAAUUCUAGUAAAUGAAUAAUAUGCACCCUUUACCCCCCCACCCCCACCCACAUAUAUACAUAUACAUAUUCCAUUUUCUUGUU